AAAUGGACAAAUUAAGCAGCAGGAGAGGCAGAGGCAACGCGCGUAGAGAGUAGAAGGCCCAAAAUUCGCAAUCCGAUGAGAGAGAGUGGUCUCCAACCAAAAAUACAACGAAAAGCCUAAAAACUCCGGGUGCUAGGGUUACCGUUGGGAUCGCAGCGCAACAAUGCAAGCGGGAGAAGCGUGCGGCGGAUGCGGGUCGUCGGAGAAGUGGGUGCUCCACACUAUCCGGCAGCGAGGGAGCUACCGGCGGAUAUGCACGGACUGCGUUCUGAAGAACCACCCGUCGCUCUUCUGCCCGCUCUGCUUGGUGGUGUUCGACAAGGAGUCGUCCCCGCUGCCCCCCCUUUCGGACCGCCUCAUGUGCCUCCACUGCUCCACCAUCGCCCACCGCUCCUGCGCCGGCUCGUCUCCCUCCUUCCUCUGCCCUCCCUGCUCCAACCCUAGCUUCGCUUUCUUCGAUCCCACUCCCAAGCGGGCCAUCGACCUCGAGUUGGCCAAGGCGCUCUUGGCCGCCGCGCGGAUCGCCGCCACGUCCAUCCACAAGGCCGCCGCCGCAGCCAGGGUCGACGCCGAGCGCCGCGUGAAGGAGGCCGCCUUCGCCAGGAAGAAAGCCAGGGAGGCCUUGGAUGGCAUCGCUUUUCUUUUCGUCGCCAAAGAAACUUCCAAGAAACCCCUUCGCUUAACCCCAAACGGCGUUGAGGGUGGCAAGAACGCAACCAACGGCUUGCUUUCUCUUUCCGCCGCGGCUGCUCAACGGAGCGCUCAUGCUAGCGAGGACUGAGAGAAGAACAAAAAGGUUGGGGACUUGGGACUGAGUCUUUUCUCCGAGUUGUUACUGUGUUUGUAAAAUUCAGUUUGAAUAGGACGCCCAGAAAAUCUUGUAGAGUAGAGAUCAUGGGUUUAGAUUAGUUUCUUGUGUAGAUUCACGGAUGUUUCCUUCUUGAUCUUCCUCUGUAACAUUCGUCUGGGAUCUCUCUGUUAAUCGGAAUUUCCUUUUGCCGUUCCUGCUAUAUACUUUUCUUCAAUGUUCUUUUUCUGCUA